AUGGCCGCCGUGGUAGGAUUAAAGAUGUCCGCGUGCAUGUUGGUUUUGGGCGUCUGGGGUUUUAUUAUGUUGGUACUGAUGGGUGUUUUCACGCGCGUCAAUGCCGUAGCGUUUGCGGAAGAUAUUCCAAUAAACAUGACCGAGUGGGAGGCACUAGGUUUCCCAUCUGCCUACAUCGAUGAGAAGUACGCAAUGGUUUCCACCACCUGCUUCAUCGCAGCUGGUCUGUACGUGGCCGUCUUGAUAUUUGGCGCCGUCCAGCUGCAUAUGAAUACCCGCUUUCCUUACACUGCCCAUUAG